AUCGGAGCCCCCUCUCUCUUUUCCUCUUCUCUCUCUCUCCCCGUCUGAAGCUAACUCAGCAAACUGGGGCACGGUCGCGUAAUCGAGCAGUGCACCUGAAAGCAGGGCUGUGUGGGCAAAGUAGAGACGCAAGGCCCCCUGCCCAACCUGUCGAUUCCACUCAUCGACGUCCUCUCUGGCACGACUGCGACGCCCCCUGACGAGCGAUAUGAACUUGUAGCCUCACGCCUCCACGACUUUUCGCCAACACGACACGAGCAACAACAUAGACGGCAGCAACAGCAGCAGCAGCAGCAGCAGUGGGAAACGGAGGAGGAAGACGAAGGGACGGAUAGAGGGAUGACGGCAAAAGGCCAUCUGGAGUCGGCGCCCUUGCUCCAGGAUCGCCAGGGCGAGGCGCCGGUGGGGGCAGCGGAGUCCCUCACCACGGCCACGGGGUCCAGACAGAGCAGGAUCUCCUCGCCUGUGCUCAGCAGAAGGGAGCUGGCCGCGUCGGGCGACAACAAGGACGCGGCAUUGGAGGCGUGGAAGAGGCGACGGCGGUCCUACAUCAUCGUGUAUUCUGCCAUCUUUUGCGUCGCCUACGUCACCUCGCUCGAUGCCAACACCGGCUUCCUGUACCUCAACUUUGCCUGCAGCGAGUUUGGCGCCCUGUCCUCGUUCAGCACCAUUGCCAUUGUCCAGCAGCUCUGUUUCGCAAUUGCCAAGCCGCCCGUCGCCAAGGUCUCCGACGUCUUUGGCAGAGCAGAAGCAUACCUCGUCUCCCUCUUCGUCUACGUCCUGGGCUACAUCAUCAUCAGCACGGCACCCUCGCUGUCCAGGCUCAUGUUUGGCAUCGUGCUCCAGGCCACGGGUAACACGGGUCUGCAGGUGCUCCAGUCGAUCAUCAUUGCAGACAGCACCACGGCCAAAUGGAGGGGCCUUAUCAUCGGCAUCGUCAACCUGCCUUACCUCGUCAAUUUUGCUGUCGCAGGCCCGCUCGUCGAACUCGUCAUGCGCACCCAAGGCUGGCGAUUCGGCUUUGGCAUGUGGACUGUCAUCCUGCCCAUUGCUGCUCUGCCGCUCCUCGCCACCCUCUUCGUCGGACAGAAGCGAGCGCGGCGUGCAGGAUUGCUUACCACCAAUCCUAUUCGCGCUAGGAGCUUUGGGGCCGCCAUCAUCGAGUUGGCCCGUCAGAUCGACGCCGUUGGAUUGGCCCUCUUUUCGCUCGGCUUCUGCUUCAUCCUCAUACCCCUCAGCGAGGCUGGCCAUGGGGCAAAAGCCAUCGCUUCGCCUGCCGGUCUCCUCGGUACAGGUCUAGCGUUUCUGGUGCUCUUCAUGCUCUGGGAAUCGCGGGCUUCCGCUCCGAUCCUACCAUACCGAUUCUUUACCAACACGGCCGUCGUCUGCGUCUGCCUUGUCGGUGUACUCGACUUUUGCAGCUUCUACAUCAGCUGGACCUUCCUCAGCGCCUUUAUUCAGAUUCUCAAGGGCUGGGAUCAGACAAAGACGGGCUACUUUGCCAGCACACAGAACGUCACCAGCACGUUGACGGGCAUCCUCGUCGGGUGGAGCAUGGCUGCCACGCGCAAGUACAAAUUCCUCCUCGUCGCUGGAAUCAUCGUCAGGCUGCUCGGUGUGGCCAUGAUGGUCCGCUACCGCUCCUCGGGCUCGCCUACCUUUCUCCUCGUCCUCUGUCAGCUCUUGCAAGGCAUCGGUGGAGGAUCGGCCGCCAUCACGAUGCAGGUCGCCGUGCAGUGUGUCGUGCGCCACUCGGACGUUGCCAUUGUCACGGCCAUAGAGCUGCUCAUGACCGAGUGCGGCGCCGCCAUUGGCUCGGCUGUCGCUGGCAUGGUCUUUUCUCAGGAGCUGCCAACCGCGCUGGCCAUCCGCUUGCCAGAUUUCUCGCCAGAAGAAAUCGAAGUCGUCUUUGGAAGCCUUUCGGCCGCCCUUUCGUAUCCAUUGGGCAGCGAGACGAGGCAAGCCAUCAUCGAGGCCUGGGUCGCCGUCAUGCAUCGGCUCUGCAUCAUGGCAUCCCUCAUCCUUGUACCUGCCGUUUUCCUGGCGCUGGCGAUUCCCGAUGGGACCCUGCCCGACGUCCACCACCAUUCGGCAGCCUCGCACCAUCACUCCGGCAGCUCUCGACGCCACAACUCUUCGACGAUUCGGCGAUCGAGGAGCGCAACAAGACCGAUCUCGGGCCCGCCGAGCAACCCCUACUCUGGAACAUCAUCCAAUCACCGAAAGGCAGGCGGUGGCACUAUGCCAAGGGGCGAGCACGAACGUCAGCCGCGAGCCUUGACGGUGCAUGCCACCGAGGGCAGACAUGUCUCGUCGCUCUUUCUGGUUCCUCCGCCGAGUGGAGACUCGUCUGAAGGAAUCAGGCAUGUUUCUGAUCCGAUUCCCUCUUCAAGAAGCGAGAGCGAUCGAGACAUAGAAGACUUGUGAUCAUGUAGUACUAUUAGCAUUCGCAUCAAUAACCCUUACUCAUGAUUCUUCUCUUCAUCACGAAGAGA